UGAUCAAUUGUAAGGACACGAAAUACUAAAUUCUAGCUUUGACUAAAAUUUCAUUUUUUGGUUAAACAGUUACAACUGGGGCUGAUGGGUCGUCUUCAUCCUUCACAAGAUCACAAACAACGUACUACUAAAAAAUUAGUAGUAUGUAAACAUUGGUUGGCUGGCAAUUGUAAUAGGUUUCCCUGUCAAUUUCUACAUAGUAGAGAAUUAGUGGAACCAUCAUGGCCAAAGCAGCAGCAGCAGCAAUAUGCGAAGCGGUUUUCCGAUGAUCAUAAUCCGAAGAAGAAGAAGAAUUACAACAAUAAUACAUGGCGGAGGAGUAGUACUACUACUACUACUGCGGCUGGUGGUGGUGGAGUAGUUGUGACGAAUAAUAAUAAGACGGAGAAAGUUGUUUGUAAAUAUUGGGUUAAAGAGAAGUGUAACUAUGGAAACAGCUGUAAGUAUUUGCAUUCUUGGACUACAGGGAAUUGUUUCACAUUGUUGGCGCAACUCCAAGGGCACGAAAAAGUUGUUACAGGUAUUGCUCUGCCCUCAGGUUCCGAUAAGCUUUAUUCGGGGAGCACGGACAAGACUGUGCGAUUGUGGGAUUGUCAAUAUGGAACAGAUGCAGGGGUCUUCAAUUUAGAUGGUGAAAUUGGCUGUAUGUUAACUGAAGGGCCGUGGAUUUUUGUGGGGUUGCCUAAUUUUGUCAAAGCAAGACACACUCAAACAGGAACUGUCCUUAGCCUUAAUGGUCCAAUUGGACAAGUCUAUGCUCUUGUCUUUGAUGACAAUAAUCAUAUGCUCUUUGCUGGUACAGAGGAGGGGCCGAUAUUAGCCUGGAGAUUUGUUAAUGGGAGUAAUUUUGAACGAGCUGCAACAUUGAUAGGACACACACAUCACGUGGUAUCGCUGUUUGCUGGAGCGGGCAAUAUAUUGUAUUCGGGUUCCAUGGACAAGUCAAUAAGAGUAUGGAGCCUUGAAACUUUUCAGUGUUUACAAGUCUUGACAGAUCAUACAAGUACAGUUAUGUCUGUUCUUUGUUGGGAAGACUUCCUUUUAUCGUGUUCGUUGGAUAAAACGAUCAAGGUCUGGGCUGCAAACGAGAGCGGGAAUUUGGAGGUUACAUAUACCCAUCAAGAGGACAGUGGUGUGCUGACUCUAUGUGGUGUGCAUGACUCAGAAGCAAAGCCUGUGUUGCUGUGCUCUUGCAGUGAUAAUACUGUUCGCGUUUAUGAUCUGCCUUCCUUUUCGGAGAGGGGGAGAAUAUUUUCUAAGCAGGCUGUCCGGCGCAUCGAGAUUGGUCCUGGUGGUUUAUUGUUUACAGGUGGUGAAUCAGGUCAGGUUAGAGUCUGGAAGUGGUUAACUGAUCAUCAAUCCAGCAGUACAACUACAGCUUGAGAUUGGGUAGCCGUAUUUACAAAGAGACACUGUAGUUUUUAGCAUUACUGUCUUCUGUUUUUCUUUUCCUGUUGAGGAAAUGUAUGUACCAAUUGCAAACAAGAAUACAAAUAGUACCAAUUUUGAUUUCUCAGAGGUAGUACCUCUUAUAUAGCCUUGCCGUUUUGUUGCUUUAACUAUCAUUGAGCUCUCAAGUCCUUUUCUUCUGGUUUUUGUACUUGUAUUCAU